AUUCCUGUUAGAGUUUCCAGCGGCCCACAAGUUGCACAUUCUUCUGUAGGCUCGGACGGUGGACUUCACCGAGCGGCAGGUUGUUUGGUGUGGACUGAAAAAGAAGAACUUUUAACUCCGUGUCGGCAGGACAGCGCCGCCGCUCGUGCUCUUCAGCGACCGUGGCUGCUGACUGCAGGUGGAAGUGGACCCGGGACACGGUGGGAAAUGGACCGCGAGAAGCAAUCAGAGUGUGUAACGUUACCUGCUCGUUUUCAGGGAGUGUGACGGACUGACUGGGAGUUUCAUUUCAGUGGUUUUGGCCAUGGCGGGCUGCUGGCAGUGGGGCCACAUGUGUGUGUGCUGUCUAUCCGAGGAGGAGAAGACGACCAUCGCUGUGGACAGAGAGAUCGAGAGGAUCCUCAAGCAGCAGAAGAAGAAGCAGAGAAGGGAAAUAAAAAUUCUCCUGCUGGGUACUGGGGAGAGCGGAAAAACCACCUUCAUCCGACAGAUGAGGAUCAUCCACGGACGAGGCUUCUCAGAGGAGGAUAGGAGGACCUUUGCCAAAUGCAUCUUCCAGAACAUCCUCACAGCCAUGAAGGCCAUGACAGGAGCCAUGGCCACACUCGGUAUCCUCUACUCCAACCCUCAGAAUGAGAUCUACGCCAAGUGGCUGCAGGACAUAAACACGGUGCAGAUCCGCCAACUGGAGCGCGGCUACGUCGACGCAAUCCGCCGCCUCUGGGCAGAUUCGGGCAUCCGGGUCUGCUACAGCCGUCGCUGCGAGUACCAGCUCCUGGACUCCACUGAGUACUACAUGAGUAACCUGGACCGCAUCUCCGCCCCAGAAUACAUCCCCACAGAACAGGACGUGCUGCGGGUUCGAUUCCCCACCACGGGCAUCCACGACUACUCCUUCAUCAUCAAGACCAUCACACUAAGGAUUGUGGACGUGGGCGGUCAGAAGUCGGAGCGUCGGAAGUGGAUUCACUGUUUUGAAAACGUCACCUCCCUCAUCUUCCUGGCCUCCCUCAGCGAGUACGACCAGGUCCUGGAGGAGAGAGAGACCAUUAACCGUAUGCAUGAGAGUCUGGCUCUGUUCUACACCACCAUCCAUUCUCCUUGGUUCCUAAACACCUCCAUCAUCCUCUUCCUCAACAAGACUGACAUCCUGGCUGACAAAGUCCAGACCUCUGACCUUCAGAAAUACUUCCCCAGCUUUACGGGUAAGAGGCGUAACCCCGAAGACGCCAAGAACUACAUCCGCAAGUUGUACGAGCAGCAGGCCACCAACCGCGACAACAAGGACGAGUGGAAGACUCUCUACCCGCACUUCACCUGCGCGACAGACACCAGCAACAUACGCACGGUUUUCAGCGAUGUCAAGGACACGGUGCUGCUCAAGUCUCUGAGGGACUACGGAGUCAUCUGAACAUUUGCACAAAAAGAACGGUAAAAAACGGAGGAAAACCGUGGUUCUAGACUCUCUUGGCACUAUUUACUUCUACCAAUGAAGGCCAAAAUGUUACUUCUUUUUGUACGUUCUUCUUAAACCUCAGACCAUCCUCCAUGCUUCUGUCCACCCAUCCUUCUCUUCUCCCUUAUCAGGUCUCAAUGAAGAAGCAAAGUGGAGAACAAAGGGACAAGUUUGUUCUCCUAUCUCACCUUUACCCCCCCGCCCCACCCACUCUCUUCCUCUUCUUUCUCUCAAGUAGAAAGCUUGAAGACGUUUAGAGAGAUUGGGAGACAGAACAAGACCUUACUUUACAUUACUUCCUACGCCUCCCUCCCCUCCCUUUUGAGUGGCUGGGUGAUGCAGUGACUGAAUUAAACCAUAACUGAAUUGAUGCUAUGAAGUGUUGUGCUGCCAUUAACGGACGAAUGACUUUUAGCAGCGCGCGGCAGCUGAAUUCUUAGAAUAUCACGCAAGAAAUACAUCUCUUAGGCUUCAUGUAAUGCACCUGUGUCCGAACCACCAGCGGUUUGGACCUGUCAGCAUCCUGUGAGGAGCUACUGGCAGCUACGGCCGUGUGUGUUGUCACAGAUAGACGACUAGAGAGUAUUUUCACUGAAGGCUUCUCUCGAUGAAAAUGAUCUUUUCCCCUUCUCCCAACUGGCUUAGGCAAUAGUUAGAUAGAAUGAUUGUUCAUCCAAUCACCUGCUAUGUAUUCUUUUGAAAGGGCCAGCCCUUUUCCAAACAAUAGGCUUGUUCUAGAUGAACUGCGCCUUGCCUGUAAAGAGGACGAGAGCAGGCGGCAGCAGCCGGGGGCGGUGACAAAAAGCUGCAGUAAAGUCAGACAGUUUCCAGAUGUUUCCAGCAGCCUUCAGGCUGAACAGGAAGUGAUAGAAACACUGUGGUCCAAUUCCAAGUUAAUAAAAUGUUAUCAGACCCAUAUAUCAGCUUAUAUACAGUCUCCAGUCCGUUUAAUGAUGACAGAGUAGCUCUCAAAAUGCUCUACAGGAGAUCUAUUGCUGAUGUUAAUAAACAACCGACUGUAGAUGAUCCGUAAUCUGAA